AUGACCCGGACUAGUGCAGAAGACCUGGCCACCAACAGCGGCAUCUUCAUGAACAGCGUGGACACAGGGUGGAUCAAUGAUGAGAACCCACUGCCCACGGCACAGCGAAUUGCUGAGAACCAUCAGUUCCAGACACCGAUCGACGAAAUCGAUGCGGCAGCGCGGAUUCUGGACCCCGUUCUGGUAGGUAUGGACACUGUGGCAUCAGGGUGCGGGGUGGCAGGCAGGCGGCCCAGAAAAGGUGGCGGAGUUGAAGAAGUUGGCUGCGGUCCUAUGUGGGGCUGCUUUCUGAAGGACUACAAACUGACAGUCAGUCCUGUCCAAAUCCCCUGGGGCAGCUCUACAGCUGGACCUGGCAAAGGAAAGGGAGUUGGCGGCAACACCCCGGCCGAGAGCUACAGCAAUGAUGGUGACGGUGAAUUUCUCAUCGGGGCGAUCAAGAUCGCCGAUCCUGCCCGGGGCUUCAGCAUGAUCUCUUGCCCCGACUCUUGGUUUCAAGCGGACAUUUACAUCCAUCAUUCAACUGCCAGUCCAGAGAACUUUGCUGUGGGGGAUGUGGUUGCCUUCACCUUCCACAUGAACGAAAAAGGACAACCCCGAGCCGAUGUGGUUUUCCGGUUAGCGGGCUUUACACCAUCAGGGAAAUCCCCCAGCUUUCCACCGAAUCGGGGUUCGGUGUCGAGAGUUCUGGGCACCGGCAGUGGCUUCGUUGAUUGUCCUGAAGUCAGCAGCCUUUACGGUAAAGAUGUGUUUGUGCAUGGCAGCGUGGUGGAGCAGUGCGGCCUCAGAACAGGGGAUGUGCUCGCCUUUGACGUUCAUGUCAGCAAAGAUGGCAACCCCCAGGUGUCUGCGCCGUGUUGGGUCCAAGCCGGUCCUGGCUAUCAGGGCCAGCCGCAUUCAGCUCCAGCCUUGCAGCCUGCCAAGGGGUCCUGGACGGCCAAAGGUCCUCCAGUCGCAGUCGGUAAGGGCAAAGGUUUCGGGCCUCCGCCGUCCGGAACCGCCAAAGUGACAAUGUCCAAGGGAGGAACAAUGCGUGUAGAGGGACCGACAUCCGGCGCCUCCGCAGGUCCUCCCAGCCCCGGCUCAUGGCAACCGAGCGGUUGCAAGGGCGGAUUCAAGGGCAAGCCUGCAAUGCUGCACCAGUUCAAAGGCAAGGGCAAGACGCCUCAAGCAGCUUGGACUGCGCAGCACGCUCUAGACCCUGCCGCUGGGCAGAGCCAAGGCAGGGAUACAUGGAGAAUGAAGGCUGCUGCCAAUCACAUAGACACCCUCGACAUAGACUGGAUGCCAGACGAAUUCCAAGCAGGCCGAGUUUCCUUGAUAGACCUGGAAAAAUCGGUCAGCCUGGUAAGAUGUCCGACAGCAGGGUUUACGCGGGAUGUCUACGUCCAUCAGUCGGUCGCAGACCCCAGUGCACUGGCCCUCAAUGACGUGGUCUGCUUCAAGGUUCACAUGAACAGCAAGGGUCUGCCUCAGGCAUCAGCCCCCUUCUGGAAGCGAGUCGGCAUUGAGAGCAGUGAAAGCUUUGCUCGCUUCGGUGAGUUCCAGGGCUUGGUAGUGAGGUCCGACAAUGGGCCGAUCACGGUCGACUGCGCCGAUGUGACCCAACUUCACGGUCGCGAUGCAGUGAUGCAAGAGGACUCUGCCGACCUCUGCCAGCUGGUCGAGGGAAAUUUAAUAUGCUUCGAUGUGUCAGUGAACCAAGGUGGCGACCCCGAGGUCAUCCCACCUUGUUGGAUUUGCUGUUCGUCGGAGAAGUGGGCAGCAUCCUUCAGAGACACAGACACAGCUUCAUUCACUCCAGAGAGAGCAGAGUCUCAUGCUGAGUUUACAUUGUGA